AUGUCUGCUGGUAGAAAAUUAGCAAACGGCCGACAAUCACCGACUUCACCUCUAAAAAUUUUUGGACAAGCCAAGAAGAAGAUUAAUGACAUUUUUAUAGAAAUUGCAACAUACAUAAAUGAGGGCAAUGAAUUUGUUAAAAGUUUAAGUCAAGAGAGCAGUUUGAUAAAACCUGAUCAAUGUGAGCAAUUCAGUAAGUACAAAGAUAAAGUUCAGGGCAUUAGAGAAAUUUUGAAGAGAGAUCGCAUGAAAGUUGCAUUCUUUGGCAGAACGUCAAAUGGCAAAAGUUCUGUGAUAAAUGCCAUGUUGAGGAACAAAAUUCUUCCAAGUGGUAUCGGCCACACAACGAACUGUUUCCUGCAGGUUGAAGGGGUCGAAGGUCAAGAGGCCUACCUCAUUAAUGAACAGGAUCAACAGAAACUCGAUUUACAGGCUGGUCCUUUGAAGAUUUUUUUUGGUGGUGGUGAUGAUGAACUGAACAAUGACACCCUGAUAAGAAUUUGCUGGCCGAAAGAUCAAUGCACUUUGCUGAGAGAUGACGUCGUGCUCGUCGACAGUCCUGGCAUAGAUGUCUCACCGGAUCUUGACAGCUGGAUUGAUAAGUUCUGCUUGGAUGCUGAUGUAUUUGUUCUAGUUGCCAAUGCUGAAUCAACCCUUAUGCAAACGGAGAAAAAUUUUUUCCAUAGAGUAAGUGAGAGGUUGUCAAAGCCAAACAUUUUUAUCCUCAACAACAGGUGGGAUGCUUCUGCUUCUGAACUUGAAAUGAUGCAAGAGGUAAAACAGCAGCACUUGGAACGUAAUGUCGAGUUUCUAGUGGACGAGUUGAAGGUGGCCACACAUCACGAAGCCGAGAACAGGGUCUUCUUCGUGUCUGCCAGAGAGGCACUGGCGUCGAGGAUCAACCAGGAUCGAGGAACACCCACCCCCACCAAUCAAAUGCUUGAGGGCUUUCAGGGCAGAUUGUUUGAGUUUGCUAGCUUUGAAAGGAAGUUUGAGGAAUGCAUAUCUCAGUCGGCAGUGGAGACAAAGUUUGCACUGCAUGCAGACAACGGCAAGGAGAUCACGAGGUACAUGUACAAGACCAUGGAGAAUAUCUGUCUCAGUGCUGUCGAUAGCAGGUCGGUGCUCAAGGAGGAGUAUGACAGCAGAUUGAACCACCUAAUGUACACAGACCAGCAGAUGGUCCAACUAACAGCCAUCAUCAGGGAUAAGAUCAAGCGGAUGACUGAAGAAGUUGAAGUUAAGGUAUCAACAGCUCUAUCAGAAGAGAUCAGAAGGUUGUCGACGCUGGUGGAUGAGUUUGACGAAAUAUUCAAUUCAGAUCCAAUUUCUUUGCAUGACUAUAAAAAGAAGUUGCACAGUCACGUAGAGGCAGGCCUAUCAACAAACUUACAAAGCAGAUGCUCAGAAGCACUGAGAUCAGCUGUUGAUCAAACGUCCAAUGAUAUGGCAGAACAACUGUUGGUCUUGAUCCCAGAUGACUCUCGUCGUAAGACUAUCGGCGUUUUCCCGAGCAGAAAUUUCGAGAUGGCCUACAGGUUGGACUGCAGAAAUUUAUGCGCCGAGUUCUGUGAAGAUAUCGACUUCAGGUUCUCCUUGGGCAUGUCAACUCUCGUGAAACGAUUCGCUGGAAUCCGUUAUGCCAAGCCAAAACUGAUCACACGCACCCUGGCCUACCCGGCUGAUGACGUCACAAACUCUCCACAAAACAGGGGCAUGCAGAGCGACGACAACGAACUCAUGGUCAGCCUACUCUCUGCUUUCUCAUCACUCUACUCUGGCACCACCAUUGGUGUGCUGGCCAUUGCUGCCCUGUUAGGGAAGGCAGCCGGCUGGCGUGUGAUAGGUCUCUGUGGAGGCAUCUACGGACUCCUCUACUUAUAUGAGAGGAUCACGUGGACCAACAGUGCAAAGGAGAAGGCUUUCAAGCGUCAGUAUGUUGAUUAUGCCAGCGGCAAGUUGAGACUCAUCGUUGAUCUGACUAGUGCAAAUUGUAGCCAUCAAGUUCAACAAGAGUUGAAUUCAACAUUCGGUAGACUCUGCCAGCAGGUUGAGAUGACGAAGAACGACCUGGAAGAUGAAUUGAAGAAUUUAGAAGUUGAAAUAACGAAACUUGAUGAAGCUUCCAAGCAAGCUAUCUGUCUCAAGAACAAGACACAAUUCGUCGAUACGGAGUUGUCAAAUUUCAUGCUACAGUACCUUAAGCCGUUAUGCAAACUAUGA